GUCCAUCCCGAUCCGAUCUAAUCCGAACCCGUUUGUAGUCUCUCUGCUUCGUGCUUUGUAGUGUAGGGUUUAAAAUCUUUCUCCAUUUCGUACUCGGCGGCGGCCAUUCAAAGAAUUUCGCGAACAUGUCGUCGGCGUUGCAAAUUUCCGCAUCGAUCUCUUCCAAUUCUUCCUCCUUUUUGAACUGUGGCUUCGGUAUCAGACCAUCGAAGUCUUCUCUUCCGCCGGCGUCGAGGAGCCAUGGGAUUUGCCUGUGCGUCGCUGCUCCCUCUGAGCAGACUGGUACUUACAAGACGAAAGUUUCUCGAAAUGCAAAUAUGGCAAAACUUCAAGCUGGUUAUCUGUUCCCAGAGAUUGCUAGAAGAAGAUCUGCACACAUGUUAAAGUACCCUGAUGCACAGGUGAUAAGCCUUGGUAUUGGUGACACUACCGAACCUAUUCCAGAAGUUAUAACCUCUGCCAUGGCUAUGAGGGCACAUUCCCUAUCAACAGUUGAGGGUUAUAGUGGUUAUGGAGCCGAACAAGGUGACAAGAACCUAAGAGCUGCUAUAGCCUCAACCUUUUAUGGAGACCUCGGUAUUGAAGAAACUGAUAUAUUUGUCUCAGAUGGUGCAAAGUGUGACAUCUCCCGUCUUCAGCUGCUUUUUGGAUCCAAUGUGAAGAUGGCAGUGCAAGAUCCUUCAUAUCCUGCAUAUGUUGAUUCAAGUGUUAUUGUGGGGCAAACUGGCUUAUUCCAGAAGGAUAUUGAGAAGUAUGGAAACAUUGAGUACAUGCGGUGCACACCUGAGAAUGGUUUUUUCCCUGAUUUAUCAACUGUUUCAAAAACAGAUAUCAUUUUCUUUUGUUCACCAAACAAUCCAACUGGUUCUGCGUCAUCCAGAGACCAGCUAAUGCAGCUAGUGCAGUUUGCAAAGGACAAUGGGUCUAUCAUAGUCUAUGAUUCUGCUUAUGCCAUGUAUAUUUCAGAUGACAGCCCGCAAUCUAUCUUUGAAAUUCCUGGUGCAAAAGAGGUUGCGAUUGAAACAUCAUCUUUUUCUAAAUAUGCUGGGUUUACUGGUGUCCGUCUUGGUUGGACUGUCAUCCCCAAGGAGUUACUUUUCUCUGAUGGAUUUCCUGUUGCCAAGGAUUUCAAUCGCAUAGUAUGUACCUGCUUUAAUGGUUCAUCUAAUAUUGCUCAAGCUGGGGGUCUAGCUUGUCUUUCUUCCGAAGGUUUAAAGGCCAUGAAGGAUGUGAUCGGAUUCUAUAAAGAAAAUACUGAAAUAAUCGUCGAUACAUUUACGUCACUUGGUUUCAAUGUAUAUGGUGGGAAGAAUGCUCCCUAUGUUUGGGUGCACUUUCCAGGUCGAAGCUCAUGGGACGUCUUUGCCGAGAUUCUUGAGAAGACACAUCUGGUUACAACCCCCGGCAGCGGGUUUGGGCCCGGGGGUGAGGGCUUCAUCAGGGUCAGUGCCUUUGGUCAUAGAGGAAAUGUUCUUGAAGCUUGCAAAAGAUUGAAACAGCUUUACAAGUGAGUAAGAAUGGCCAUUUAAGGCACCAUGCAGUUAUUGCUAUUUUACAGAAGUUCACAAUUUCCCGGUCUCUUCAUUGACAAUUUUGUCUUCUGUUCUAUGAUAUUUAAAUUUUUGGGCCAUGGAUUAGGAGACGAAUGCGAUACUCUAGUAUAGAAUGAGCCAUUCUCCAGAAUGUAGUAUGCUUUGGGGGUUUUUUAAUUUAUUUAGGAGGAAAACUUUGCAUUGUUGGAGUUGACCAAAACCCAUGUAUGAGUUCAGGACUUGAAUAUCAGCAAAUAACUCUAUUCUUGUUGUUGAUGAACUUGUUUCAUUA